AUUUUUAUCUAUGUGCCUCAGUCUCUACACUGCAGAACCAGAGCUUCGCUUCAAGCAGAAUGAAAGUUCACAGACUCCUCUCUCUAGGAUACAUGUUGCCCCUGCUGUUUUUUCAGCAGGCUUGGGCUCAGUUUCCAAGAGAAUGUGCCACCGUUGAGGCUUUGAGAAACGGCGUGUGCUGCCCAGACCUCGUCCCCCUGUCUGGGCCUGGGACUGACCUCUGUGGCUCCUCGUCAGGGAGGGGCAGGUGUGAGGCAAUAACUGCAGACUCGCGACCCCACGGCCCCCAGUACCGGCACGAUGGCAGAGAUGACCGCGAGGGCUGGCCCACACGGUUCUUCAAUAGGACAUGCCACUGCAAUGGCAACUUCUCAGGACACAACUGUGGGACUUGCCGCCCUGGAUGGAGAGGAGCUGCCUGCAAUGAGAGGGUUCUCACCGUCAGGAGAAACCUUCUGGACUUAAGUACAGAAGAAAGAAACUACUUUGUCCGGGCCCUGGAUAUGGCAAAGAAUACAACUCACCCUCAGUUUGUCAUUGCCACCAAGAGAUCAGAAGAAAUAUUGGGGCCAGAUGGCAACACACAAUUUGAGAACAUUUCCAUUUAUAAUUACUUUGUUUGGAUACACUAUUAUUCUGUCAAAAAGACUUUCCUUGGCGCAGGACAGGAAAGCUUUAGUGAAGUGGAUUUCUCCCACGAAGGACGCUUUCUCACGUGGCACAGAUACCACCUACUGCAGUUGGAGAGAGACAUGCAGGAAAUGCUGCAGGAUCCUUCUUUCUCCCUUCCUUACUGGAAUUUCGCCACUGGGAAGAACACCUGUGACAUCUGCACUGAUGACUUGAUGGGAUCGAGAAGCAACUUUGACUCCAGUCUUAUAAGCCCGAACUCUGUCUUUUCUCAAUGGCGAGUGAUCUGUGAAUCCCUGGAAGAUUAUGAUACCCUAGGGACCCUUUGUAACAGCACUGAAGGUGGGCCAAUUAGGAGAAAUCCAGCUGGAAAUGUGGCUAGACCGAUGGUGCAACGUCUCCCUGAACCACAGGAUGUCGCUCAGUGCUUGGAAGUUGGUUUAUUUGACACACCUCCUUUUUAUUCCAAUUCUACAAACAGCUUCCGAAACACAGUGGAAGGUUACAGUGAUCCCACAGGAAGGUAUGACCCUGCUGUUCGAAGCCUUCACAACUUGGCUCAUCUAUUCCUGAAUGGAACAGGGGGACAAACCCAUAUAUCUCCAAAUGAUCCUAUUUUUAUCCUCCUGCAUACUUUCACUGAUGCAGUCUUUGAUGAAUGGCUGAGGAGAUAUAAUGCUGAUAUAUCCACAUUUCCAAUGGAAAAUGCCCCCAUUGGACAUAAUAGGCAAUACAAUAUGGUGCCAUUCUGGCCGCCAAUUACCAACACAGAAAUGUUUGUUACUGCUCCAGACAACCUAGGAUAUACUUAUGAAGUUCAAUGGCCAAGUCGGAAUUUUAGUUUUUCAGAGAUUGUUACCAUAGCAGUAGUUGCUGCUUUAUUACUGGUUGCAGUCAUUUUUGUGGGUGCUUCUUAUCUGAUUCGUGCCAGAAACAAGAUGGAUGAAGCAAAUCAGCCUCUCCUCAGUGAUCAGUAUCAACAUUAUACUGAAGAAUAUGAAAGACUCAACAAUCCUAAUCAGUCAAUGGUCUAA